AUGUUGCAAGUUGAGGUUCAUUGUGAAGGAGGUUCAACAAAGAAUCCUUUCAUGAAUGCCCUGUUAGAAGUAUUGUCAGUGAUUGCGGAUGUGAUAAAAGUGAUAUGUUUCGGGUUACCAAUUCUACUGAAUCAUAUUUUUCGGACACUGUUUCCACCAAAACGAAAAGAUGUUUCCGGUCAAACCGUGCUGAUCAGCGGUGGGGGCAAUGGCUUAGGCAGAGCCCUGGCUGUGGAAUUCGCUAAUCGGGGAUGUAAUGUAAUUGUGGUGGAUAUCGAUCUUGCCGCGGCAGAACAUACGUGCGCCGAGCUAAGGAGGAAGCGAGUUGCUGCGUACGCCUAUCAAGUGGAUGUGUCGUCAUACGAGCAAGUGCAAACGUUGGCUGACGAUGUACACAAACACAUCGGACCAGUAGACAUUCUGGUCAAUAAUGCUGCGCUAGUGUACUUCGAUUUUUUGCAGAAUACGACCCCGGAUAUGGCGAGCCGUACGAUCGAUAUCAAUGUUAAAUCCCACAUGUGGACCACAAAAGUGUUUUUGGAAAAAAUGAUGGAACGGAGGCAGGGUCACAUAGUGGGCAUUUCGUCGAUGUCCGGUAUGUACGCAUUCCCUUGGGCUGUCGUUUACUCCACAUCCAAGUAUGCAGUCAACGGGUUUAUGGCCGCUAUCACAGAACAAUUGCGGCUGCAAGGCUACAGUAAUGACAUCCAGACAACUUGUGUGUGCCCGUACUACAUAGCUACCCGAAAAGAUAUUGUAGAUUUUUUGAAGAAACCACGAUUCAAACUGCUUACUACUGAACGUACGGCACGAGUCAUAAUCGACGGCAUAUUAAGAAAUCAGGUGACUAUUGCUAUUCCAUCAUUUUUUGAUCUCGGAGUUAGAAUAAUGCAGUUAUUUCCACUUAAAAUACAGCAGCUAGUUCGAGAUUAUAUAAUCAGAGAGCACGAAUUGAAUUCGGCCUGAUUUGGAGUAAGACUUUUGAU